ACACAGCGCUCACACGCGGGCGGGACUUCCGGUUGCGCGCACCCGGAAGAUUCGGAUGCAAGUUUCAGUGCUUGACUGUGCAUCCAUAUGCCCGCUAUUUUAAACGUUUUAAUGUGAUUUAGGGGCUUUUUCUACUCAGUAGUAUUUGCAAAAAUGUUAUCUUUAGACUUUCUGGACGAUGUUCGUCGCAUGAAUAAGCGGCAGCUGUAUUACCAGGUGCUAAACUUUGGUAUGAUUGUUUCCUCUGCGCUGAUGAUCUGGAAGGGACUGAUGGUUGUCACUGGCAGCGAGAGUCCAAUUGUUGUUGUUCUCAGUGGGAGUAUGGAGCCAGCUUUCCACAGAGGAGACCUACUUUUUCUGACCAACCGCGUAGAGGAUCCCAUCCGAGUUGGAGAAAUUGUUGUCUUCAGGAUAGAAGGCAGAGAGAUCCCAAUAGUACACAGAGUUCUAAAGAUCCAUGAAAAGGAAAAUGGAGACAUUAAAUUCUUGACCAAAGGGGACAACAAUGCAGUGGAUGACAGAGGACUGUACAAGCAGGGCCAACACUGGCUGGAGAAAAAAGAUGUGGUUGGACGAGCUAGGGGGUUUGUGCCAUACAUUGGAAUUGUCACCAUUCUCAUGAAUGACUACCCCAAGUUCAAAUACGCUGUUCUCUUCCUGCUGGGUCUCUUUGUGCUGGUCCAUCGGGAGUGAGUUACCCAAACUUCAGGACUCAAGAAGGUUAAACUACGUCCAGGAAACCUCAGUCAUGCCUUUCAAAACCGAAUUAAGUUAGACUUUGUCAAACCCAACAAGCUUUUUUGUACCAUUUGUUUGAACAUUUUGUAGAAAUGUGGAUAUGGUGUUUACAUUUGAAAAAUCCAAGCUUUAAAAAUAUUUUUGUGAGCAAACUUGGCUAGAUUUACUUUGAAAGUUGAUCUUUAUUUGUGUUUCUCAGAAUGUGAAACACCAUUCAUCAAGAUACAAUUAAAUCUUGUUUCUUUUCUGUUGAAUCAUUGUCUUUGACAAAGAUAUGUGAAGUAUUUUAUGACAACUGACUAUGAAUGACAUUAAAUAUGAAAUCUGGUUACCAUCCACUAUGGAUUAUUUUAACUCUCUCAUUUAGCUUUGGCCCGUGCUUUACAUAAACAGCUCCUUCAGAGGAUGUCGACCCUGCAGUGGUGGAAUUAAAAACGUUUUUCUUGGGCGAUGGAGCAAUUGUGUUCAGGAAAUGUCAAAGACAUAUCACAAAUUAGCUGUUUAUUGUCUCUACAUCUGCUUUUACUACUACAAAAUCAAGUAAAUUCAC